GCACACAUGGGAGCAGAGACCAUGGAGUCCCCUUCUCUGUUUCUCUGCAAAGGGCUCCUGCUCACAGCCUUCCUCUUAACCUGCUGGAAUGCACCCGCCACUGCCGAGCUCACUAUUGAAUUACUGCCACCCAUGGUUGCCGAAGGUGGAAACUCCGUUCUGUUUGUGCAUGAAAUGCCACUGAACGUCCAGGCGUUUUACUGGUACAAACAGAGAGAUUCGACAAAGAGCUACGAAGUCGCACGGUACUUAACACCCACGAACCAAAGUUCGAAGAUGCCUCAGCACAGUGAUAGGAAAACCGUAUUCUACAGUGGAUCCCUGCUGAUCAGAAACGUCACCAAGGCUGACAGUGGAGUCUAUACCUUACUGACAUUUAACACGGAAAUGGAAAGCGAAUUAACACAUGUGCAUCUGGAAGUGCACGAGCCCGUGGCACAGCCUACCCUCCAAGCAGACAGCACCACAGUGACGGAAGCUGGUUCUGUGACCCUCACGUGCUUCUCAGAAGACCCUGGACUCUCCAUCCGCUGGCUCUUCAAUCACCAGGGCCUGUAUUUCAGUGACAGGAUGACUCUGUCCCAGAAAAACAGCAGACUUACCAUAGACCCAGCCAAGAGGGAGGAUGCUGGGGAGUACCAGUGCGAGGUCUCCAACGGCUACAGCUCUAAGAUGAGUCUCGCGCUCCAAAUGUCUGUGGCUAGUGAGUGACCUG